AUGUCUCUUCGUGUCUUACUUCACCGUAAUCUAGGCCAGGGGGCCAAGGUCUCCGUCGCCGCCUCUUCCCUUCUUCAGCGUCACCACCAGCACUUGCGCUUCUUUGCCAGCAAUGUCAAGCCCAUCAAGAAGGUGCUGGUCGCCAAUCGAGGCGAGAUCGCAAUUCGCGUCUUUCGUGCCUGCAACGAGAUGGGCAUCCGUUCAGUGGCCAUUUACAGCGAACAAGACAAGAUGCACAUGCACCGGCUGAAGGCGGACGAGGCGUACCUGAUUGGCCACGGCCUGCCGCCCGUCCAGGCCUACCUCAACAUUCCCGACAUAAUUCGCAUCGCCAAGGAGAACGACGUCGACGCCGUCCACCCGGGCUACGGCUUUCUCUCGGAACGGGCCGACUUUGCCCGCGCCUGCACCGACUCGGGCAUCACCUUCAUCGGUCCCAGUCCCGAUGUGAUGGCCCGCAUGGGCGACAAGGUCGAGGCGAGGAAGGCGGCCAUUGAGGCGGGCGUCAAGGUGGUGCCCGGCACUGACUACCCCAUCAACUCGGUGGACGAGGCGAGUGACUUUGUCACGAAGCACGGCUUUCCGGUCAUCUUCAAGGCCGCCUAUGGUGGUGGUGGACGAGGCAUGCGAGUCGUGCGCAACCCCAGCGAGCUGAAGGAGAACUUUGAGCGCGCCUCCUCUGAGGCGCUGUCCGCCUUUGGCAACGGCGCCCUCUUCAUUGAGCGCUUCAUCGAGCAUCCGCGCCACAUUGAGGUGCAGAUCCUCGGCGACGGCGAGGGCGGUGUGGUGCACCUGUACGAGCGCGACUGCACCGUCCAGCGACGCCACCAGAAGAUCAUCGAGAUUGCCCCCUCGCCGAACCUCGACCCGGUGGUGCGGGAACGGAUCCUCGCCGACGCGGUGAAGAUCGCCAAGUUUGUGGGCUACCAGAACGCCGGCACGGUGGAGUUUCUGCUGGACGCCGACGGCAGCUACUACUUCAUCGAGGUGAACGCCCGGCUGCAGGUGGAGCACACCGUCUCCGAGGAGAUCACCGGCAUUGACAUUGUCCAGAAGCAGAUUCGCAUCGCCGAGGGCAACUCGCUGCCCGACCUGGGCCUGACGCAGGACGCCAUCAAGGUGGACGGCUAUGCGAUGCAGUGCCGCGUCACCACGGAGGACCCGGCGAAGGGCUUCCAGCCGGACACCGGUCGCAUCGAGGUCUUUCGCAGUGGCGAGGGCUUUGGCAUUCGCCUGGACGGCGCCUCCGCCUUCUCCGGCGCCAUCAUCUCCCCCUACUACGACUCGCUCCUGGUGAAGGUCAUUGCGAAGGCGGGCAGCAUGAAGGCGGCCAGCGCCAAGAUGACCCGAGCGCUGCGCGAGUUUCGCGUUCGCGGCGUCAAGACGAACAUUCCCUUUCUGCUCAACGUCCUCAACAAUGACAAGUUCCUGGACAACGCCUACGACACCAACUUUAUCGACACCCACCCGGAGCUGUUUCACUUUGAGCCCAGUCAGAACCGGGCGCAGAAGCUGCUGUACUACCUCGCCAAUGUCAUGGUCAACGGGCCCUCGACGCCGCUGGCCACCAAGCUGAAGCCCUCUGACAUCACGCCGCAGGUGCCCGCGGUCGAUAUGAGCCGACCGGCGGCCCCCGAGGGCUGGAAGACGCUGCUCGACCGGGACGGUCCGGCGGCUUUUGCCAAGGCAGUGCGCGCCCACAGCGGCCUGCUGCUGAUGGACACCACCUUCCGCGACGCCCACCAGUCGCUGCUGGCGACCCGUGUCCGAACGCACGACCUCCUCCGCAUCAGCCCGUACGUGUCGCAGAACAUGAACGGCCUCUUUUCGCUGGAGAACUGGGGCGGGGCGACGUUUGACGUGGCGAUGCGCUUCCUCCACGAGGACCCCUGGGAGCGACUGGCGCAGAUGCGCGAGCAGAUUCCCAACAUUCCCUUUCAGAUGCUGCUGAGGGGGGCGAACGCCGUCGGCUACACCUCCUACCCGGACAAUGUCGUCCACCGGUUCUGUGAGCUGGCGAAGCAGGCCGGCAUGGACGUCUUUCGCGUCUUUGACUCGCUCAACUACCUGCCGAACAUUCUGGUGGGAAUGGAGGCGGCCGGCCAGGCGGGCGGCGUCGUCGAGGGCGCCAUCUCCUACUCGGGCGACGUCUCCGACCCCAGCCGGACGAAGUACAACCUGGACUACUACGUGAAGCUGGCCGAUGAGCUGGUGAAGGCGGGGGCGCACAUUCUCUGCAUCAAGGACAUGGCCGGCCUGCUGAAGCCGGUGGCGGCGAAGAUGCUGGUCGGCGCCCUCCGCUCGCGCCACCCCGACGUGCCCAUUCACAUUCACACGCACGACACGGCCGGCGCGGGCAUCGCCUCGAUGAUCGAGUGCGCCAAAGCGGGCGCCGACAUUGUCGACGUGGCCGUCGACUCGAUGUCGGGCAUGACCAGCCAGCCGAGCAUGGGCGCGCUGGUCGCCUCGCUGGAGCGCACCCCACUGGCCACCAGCGGCCUGUCGCUGAAGACGGUGAGCGAGUACUCGGCGUACUGGGAGCAGACGCGCACGCUCUACGCGCCCUUUGAGUGCACGACGACGAUGAAGAGCGGCAACGCCGACGUCUACCUCAAUGAAAUUCCCGGCGGGCAGUACACCAACCUGCAGUUUCAGGCGUACUCCCUCGGGCUGGAGUCGCAGUUUGAGGCGAUCAAGCUGGCCUAUGCGGAGGCGAACAAACUGCUCGGCGAUCUGAUCAAGGUGACGCCCAGCUCAAAGGUAGUGGGCGACCUGGCGCAGUUUAUGGUGCAGAACAAACUGAGCGCCAAGGAUGUGGAGGCGAAGGCGGAGGAGUUGAGCUUUCCCAGCUCGGUGGUCGAGUUUAUGCAGGGAUUUAUUGGCGAACCUCACGGCGGCUUCCCCGAGCCGCUGCGCAGCAAGAUCCUCAAGGGCCUGCAGCCGCUCAGCGGCCGCCCCGGCCAGCACCUGCCGCCGCUGAACUUUGUGCAGCUGAAGGACGAGCUGAUUGAGAAGCACGGCCAGCCGGUGAGCGACACCGACGUGAUGAGCUCUGCCCUCUACCCGAAGGUCUGCGACGACUACAUCAAGUUCCGCCAGGAGUUUGGCCCGGUGACGCUGCUCGACACGCGCUUCUUCCUCACCGGCCCCAAGGUGGGCGAGGAGUUUGAGGUGCAGCUGGAGAAGGGCAAAACGCUGCACAUUCGCACGCUGGCCGUCUCGGAGAUUCGCAGCAAGACCGGCGAGCGGGAGGUCUUCUUUGAGCUCAACGGUCAGCUCAGAACGGUCAUUGUCAAGGACAACACGGUGGCCACGGAGGUCAAGUCGAACCCGAAGGCGAUCAAGGGCGUGAAGGGCAGCGUCGGUGCACCCAUGCCCGGCACGGUGAUUGACGUGAAGGUGAAGGAGGGCGACAAGGUGGUGAAGGGCCAGCCGCUGAUAGUGCUCAGCGCCAUGAAGAUGGAGAUGGUCGUCCAGUCGCCGGUCAGCGGCACCAUCAAGAGCGUCGUCGCGGAGAAGGACAUGAAGGUGCAGGGUGACGAUCUCAUCAUGGACAUUGAGGUGGACAGUGCGUAG